UACUAUUAGCUACUCGAUGUAGUUUGUGUACCUUUACAGUUACGUAAAGAGUCUUUUGACUAAUAUUGGGCUCAUUUUACAUUUAACAUGAUAUAUAUAAGUAUAAAAGUGGACUUCGGACUGGCCCCUCCCCCUCCGACAGGUAGUGCUGCUGCGCCUGAAUGUGCUACCUCCCAACCAAAGUGUGGGAACGUCGACGCUGGUCGUGUUUAUCCAUGAGCCCGCUCCUGGUUUGAGCCUGUAUCAGCUGCAUGGAGGGAGAGGAGACCCUGGAAAGCUAGCCGCUGGCCAUGGCAAGGCACCAAGCUCACUCGUAUGUGGAGUCUGCGUCAGACAAACAGAAUCACAGCCAAGUUCCCUUUUGUUUGGCCCAUCAUCUAAACAGCGAUGGCCAAUCAAGGACCCUGGGGUCAGAGGUCAUAUCAGACAUCAUCCGCUGGGGUCUGACCCAUGUGGCCUCUCUGAGGAGCGAAGAGAUUGGCUCGGCUCGCAGUUGCAACUCACAGUCAUGACGGAGUAAUGUGGAGCACCCAAGUUUGCGGCGCAGUGCUGACUUCAGUGUGUUCCACUUUUAUUAAUGAGGCCAUUAAUAAACGGGCUCAGGAGUGGCCACUACAGCAUCUGAAACGGAAAUGCCGCAGAGAAGAAGAAGAUCAGAGGAAGAACCAAGAAACAAAACUAAAGAAUCUGGCCACGUCUAGAAAAAUGUUUUUGGAUGGUGGGAGGAAACCGGAGUGCCCGGGGGAAAUCCAAUGAGGGAGUAUGCAGGUGCCCUGAACCAGAUUUUGGUCAAUAUCAAGUCACGGCGCCUUCCACAACUGGUGAGGAGAUCACACUGACAGUGGACUGGUGACGUCCUCAUCUCGCCACCCUGCUGAUUCCAGUCCUGUCCCAGCUGUACUCGCAUCCUGAAGACACUAACUGGAGAUGGUCCAACUGAAAUUCAUCAUCACCCGCCUCAGUUGGUCCUGGAGCUCCAGUCCAAGAGUGGAACGUUCUGAAACUGAUAGCUACUUCACAAGUGCUGCGACACCUGAAGGACAACCAGUUUGGUAAACACUGCUGCAGAAACCUCAUCAUCAUAAUAGUUGGCAGUACUACUAGUUAUCAUCGUACAUCCAAAUACAGUACGGGCAAGAUGACUUCAACAUCUACUACAUGUUCUUUUAGGAGACAUAAACCUUCAUGACAGCAGUAUUGAUUCAUUUCAGGUACCAACAGAACUUCUAUGUUUGUGUGUUAGUAGUGUUUGAAUGAAUUCUGUCAGAACAGAAACAGUUUAACACAAUCAAAGUCACCCAAAUAGUUUCCUGCACUCUUCUCACAUAUCCUCAGACUAGUGACUACUCCCUUUAAAAGUAAGUUACAACAGCCCCCUUUGCCUUGACAUAAAUAUGAUAUGAGGCCAAUAUUCACGUCAUUGGAAGUGUGUUUUUAACGGAAAUGUCAACAAUAUUUCCUGAUGUGGUUCUUAACAUUUUUUGUUAAAGCUACAGGGUCAACAUUUGCGACCCAGUAGCUUUAACGUUGUUUUCUGUCGCAGACAGGAACUCAAAGACGUGUCUGUAUUUUCGGCUUCUCUUUCAGUGUGCGAAGCUAUUUGAUAUCUUCGUGCUACUGGCUUCACCUUUGGGAUACGAUCCAUUGGCGAUGCACAUUUCAGAGAAUGGGGGUUACAUUAGGUACUGUAAGUCUGUCAUUGUGCUUCAGUGUGCUAUUUGAUAGUAUCCGAAAAGUGAAGCUAGCAGCAAGGAGAUUUCCAAUAGCAGGCUCCGUACCUUUUGAAGGAUGUGGGUUACAUACGGUAACUCAGUCAUUGUCCUUCAGUGUGUGAAGCUUCGUGAGAUAUCCAGUAGUGAGGGCUUCACACUCUUCUGAGAAUGCGGGUUACAUUAGGUAACUCCAUCCUCUUUCUCCUCCCUCCAUUGCUUGUGUCGCUGGCUGUUUGUUUUGAAAACGUGACUUGUCCCGUACGUUACGUCAGACGACGGAAGAAAGUAGAGGAGGAUGACAGAAUAGCAGCACACAGCUGAGGCCUUUCUUAACUGCGCUAGGUUCAACUAAGAAAAGGGAGUCGAAGCUUCUAGCAGAAAACCAGUUGCUUGUUUAACUGUGGUUGGAAUGUGUCCAGAAGUGGUUGUCGUGGUUCUCGCAGCCCACCCCUCUUCCCCCCCGAUGUAAUUGAGAUGAAUUUCUUGAAAGUGUAGGAGACGUUUCUUCGCACAUUCUCCUUACUCCUGAUCGUAAACAGCUCGUCCCUCGGGACGGAGGAAGCAAUUGCAGGUGAGGAAUCAUUACCAUCUUUGAAGACGGCGGUCCAGAUGAAGCCGAGUGUUUGGAUGGCUGAUAAAGUGAUUAGUCCCUGUCAGCCAACUAAUGAUAGACCGUGCUGCUGCCUCCAACUGGGAAGGCUUAUUCAAAUGGUGAGGGUGGACCAGGACUCCAGCGUGGAAGCCAAAAGCCCUUUUGUCUCGACGGUGGAAUGCGCCUGACUUACCUGUUCUUUGCAGCAGGGCUGAGAACAUCAGUGUUCUCAUUAGACACUGCCUCUGUGCUGUCUCAUAGCAACCUAAAAAUAGAAAUGUCCCUAUUAGGCUGUAUAGGCUGCGAUGGCUUCCACAAGUUUGGCCUCUUUAAUUCUGCAUAUAUAUAUAUAUUUAUAUUUAUAUAAGCUCAUCAGUUAGCUAAGCCCACUAUCGUAACAGUGCACAUUUACGCAGGCACAUGACGUGACUCGUAUCUUUACAUUUUUCUCGCGUGUAAUCUUAUUAUAUUCCACAAGUGCCGCCACCACUCAACCGGAACGAUUAGACCACCCGACUUACAUUGUUUUGGUCUGUGUUUUGCCUCCAAAACUGCAGGUCCUUUCUGGUGCAUUGGUCAGUACCUGCUGAAUGUGGUCAGAAGAUGACAGAGCUGACGUCUACUGUGAUGUCCAACAGCAACUCUUGCUUUGACUCAACGCUGUCAGCCAUUGAUGUUGUCUCAUUCGUUUCCUUUUUUCAAGCCAACAUCUCUGCUUCAUGACAUGCGGUAUGACUAGUUUGUCAUUACAAAACUUCCUUAAAAAUACAGUUUUUUCACAUAUUUCCUCCACUGUAUAUCUAAGACGGCAAUGUCAUUAUUAAUAUUGCAAUACAUUGUGCAUCCAGUUGGAUAAUCGAGAGUUUGGUAGUAGCUUUCAUCCCUUAACAGAAACAUGUGAUUUGGUGCUGUAAAAUAUGACAAAUCAACAAAUUCAUAAGAUGAAUUACAAGCAGAUGAUCAAUUUUAUUGUGCUUGGGACAAGAAAAACCAGCUAACCAACUAAAACCCGCUUUUUUCUUCACAUCAAAUUCAGGUUUUUUAUUAUAUCAUUUUGUAAAUUACCCAGGUUUAUAAACGUAAACCAGAAACAACAGCUCAUGGAUCCUGGGAGAUAUUAUUGAUUCACUUUUUUCAAACAUCAUAAUUUAGUGAUUCAUCACUGUUUCCUGUACAGAGAGGCUGUCGAUCACAUGAGUCAAACUCAAGGCCCGGGGCCAAAUACACACCGCCUCAUCAUUUCUUGCGGCCUGAAUGAUUUUUAGAGCUGACUGAGCAUUUGAAAAAUAAAUAAAUGAAAAUAUUACGUAAUACAGUGGUGGCUGGAUGACUAAAUAAUAACUUGAUGAUGUGAUGGUUGAAGUUUUGAUCCAUUUCUAUGUUAUUUGUUAACUUUGAUGCCAGCAUUGUUGAGAGCUGACAUAUUGAAAAAUUCCGUUUUGUGAUUUUUUUUCUAGUAAACCAUAAACAAAAAAGAUAUAGUUUGCAUUGGUUUAUGUCUCUGUAAGGCAGCCACACCUUUUCUAACUCAAAAAAAUGAUUUCUCUCUCACAUAUUUCAUGGUAAUAUUUGAGAAUUUUAGUGGAGUCACAAAGAAAAAUGAAUUAAAAACAAUGCGGAUUGAAGACAGUUUUCUGUAAUGAGUGAAUAUGAUUUGUGCCUUCCAUUAUGCUGUUUGCAUUUUGUUUGCUACUCAAUGUUUCAAUUGUGCAGCGAUCCACCAACGUUAUGAUGUGAUUAACAUUUACUACCUAAGAUAGUAAACAAGCGAAACAUUUUGUACGAUUUUUGUUACAUAACACUAAUAACACAUCGUGGAAAUGUUCUCUUGAGUUCGCCCACAUCUGCAAUAACAUCCCCUGAAUGCAUCGGUCAUCCUCUCGGUAAUUUUCACGGCCAUAAUAAACAUCGCCUGUUGAGACGUUCUUUGGCGCAUAACACGGAUCAGUGACACGCGAUCUUCAGACGAUGCCGUUUAUUUUUGGAGGACUCUGACGUCAAGAUCGCACACGUUUCAUUCAGCAUGCAAGAAAGUAAGUUAUUUUUAACCCGCAGCAUCUCCAGGUUGUGAUCCUUGAGUGCGCAGUGAAAAGGGAUCCAGCUCAUUGGACUGAUGUAGCGCGCCGUCGUAACAAAAGCCACGCCGCCCGAGAGUGAUGGUGCCAGAGAAGUCCAGCCUGACACCCACCACAACAUCACCGCCGCAUCGAUGGCAACACUGGGAACACUGGGAUACUGACACUCGCCGGCAGAAACUUCACAUUUCUCAUCUGAAAGAAAGCGUGAUGGAGGCGCGCUCUUCUGAGCGGGGCUGUGACCUGUGAAUCCGAACCGAAGGAGAAACUGGAAGAUGGCAAACAUUCUGGAGCUUCGGACGGAUGGAAACUCGCUGCUGAAAGCUGUGUGGCUCCGACGCCUGAGACUCACUCGGCUUCUCUUGGAGGGCGGCGCUUACAUCAACGAGAGCAACGAGCGAGGCGAGACGCCCCUCAUGGUGGCCUGCAUGACCUCACACAGCGACCAGCAGAGCGUCAGCAAGUCCAAGCUGGUCAAGUAUUUGCUGGACAAGCAGGCCGACCCCAACAUACAGGACAAAGGAGGAAAGACUGCGCUAAUGCACGCUUGCAUACACACGGCGGGUCAUGAGGUGGUGGAUCACCUGCUGAGCAACGGAGCUGACCCCAGUCUGGAGGACAGAAGCGGGGCCUCUGCUCUGGUCUACGCCAUCAAUGCAGAUGAUAAAGAGACGCUGAAGCUGCUGCUGGACGCUUGCAAAGCGAAAGGCAAAGAGGUCAUCAUCAUCACCACGGACAAGUCUGCGUCGGGGACUAAAAAAACCAAGCAGUACUUGAACGUCCCCCCGUCGCCGGAGCUGAUAGAAAAGCCCCCCUCAGAGUACUGCACCUCUCCCUCCGACGUCGACGUGACGGCUUCUCCCACACCGGAGCAGGAGCAGCAGAACACAGUCUUCAGCUUCCAGACAAAGCUGAAAACCUCCUCUUCAGCGGCAAAGCUCACCAACGGGCCCCCGUCGCCCACGCGCCGCGCCGCCAACCCCAAGCGUGCUCGCUUACCUCAGCUGAAGCGGCUGCAGUCUGAGCCUUGGGGGUUGAUUGCGCCGUCGGUGCUGGCCGAACGCGCCGGCAAUCACGAGGAGAGCAAGAAGUCGGCCUCUGAUGAGGACGUGGUCGCAGGUGUGAACGGGCUGGCGCUCAAUAAGAGGUCGGCUUUGUCUCGCCAGAGCAGCGUGGACGGCAAAGACGGCCUUUUCCCUCUGGUGGGGGAGCAGCCGUCCAAAAUGACAACGUCACUUACCGUACCUUUAACGUGUAAACAGCCGUACGGCCAACACCAGCCGCUGGCCAGGCGCAGCACCGUGCCCACGGAGCAGGAGGGCACCUGCUGCAGCUGUGGGCAGGCCAGCCUGAGGGACACCAUGCACCGGAGGCGCCUCGGCAACGACCACUACGACUCAGACUCUCAGCUCUACUCUGACUCUGCCAUGCUAGACUCUCCUAAAGUCCCCGUGGAAAGACGGAAACUGAACACUUCUCCUCUCGCGCUGUUGACCAGCUCCAGAGAGUCUCUGGACAGCAAUACCAGCACUUCCUCUCCGAGCACGGCACGCCGGCGUGCGCCAGGUCUCCUGGAGAGACGGGGCUCGGGCACGCUGCUCUUAGACCACAUCUCCCACACCCGACCGGGCCACCUGCCGCCUCUGAACGUGAACCCCAACCCGCCCAUCCCCGACAUCGGCGCCAGUAGCAAGCCCUCCUCACCUCUGGCCACGGCCAUCCGAGCUCCUGUGGCGCCCAACACACCAAAGAGAGGCCUCCUCACCUCCAAGAAGAAGCUCAUCAGACGACACUCUAUGCAAGUGGAGCAAAUGAAGCAGCUUUCGAAUUUCGAAGAGCUGGCUCAUUAGUUAGUGAUACGCAGCACUUGUGGUGGGAGUAGAAGGUCGUAUCCAUCGGCUAACCCUCGUGGACUAGGAGCGUCUUGAUGUUCUAAUAGUUUGUCACUCAUUUAGAAAAAAACUUGAGCAAUAUAGAUUUUCUUCCUGUGUGGCUCCCAACCUUUAUAUUUUGAGGUCACUUGCUGUAAAAACGUACUACAGUGUUGAAUGUAAAUGCCAAGAUCUGGCUCUUUUUUUUCCUCCCCCCACCUCAGAAAUAGCUCUUUUCACAUGUUGAUAAAAAAAGUGUUGGGUCAUUCUGGGUACAUUUGUAGCCGCUCCGUGCAUUAGUAAAGGGAAACGGUGAUGCACUCUCAGAUGUAGCUUCAGUAACCGGACUGUUUGUAGCCGAUAUGUACAAAGUGCCUUCAAGAGAAACAGAUCCAUUCAAAUGAUUCAUAAUUUAUCAAACGGUCAAUAUAGCUUGGAAAUGUCAAAUGAAGGAAUCAACAAUAUGCCUUAAGACAGGUGAAAGGGAAUGAGGUCACUCACCGCUGAAGGACACGAGGGUCAUGUAUUUGUCAUUUUCAUGCUAAUGGCAAUCAGAAGUGAGGAUCACACUGCUUCCAUCUAACGCCGUGAAGCAGACACCACUAGUAUUUCGUAGGUUGGUGUUGUACAUUCCGAAAUAAAUGUCUAUCGCUGGUGCUCCUGCCUUGUUUAUCUCUUCAUCACGUGAAGCGCGGCGGCACACAGAUGCUCAUUAAAACAAGCCCCUCUCUUACCUGAGGCCACUUGCUCCUGGAAUUAUUACCGUCAUUGAUGUCUCCAUGAUUAUAUCAAACCCACCGAGGAGACUCUCUGGUCCCACUCCUUCCCGGGCCGCUUCAUCAGUCAGCCCCCGAGGCGCCGCUGGUUUGUGGCGCCUGUGAUAGGAGCAGAAUUCAGAGUAGCACGUGUCUGUUCUCACCCUGUGAUUUACAAGACGCGCCG